CUCUCCCUACGUCCGGCCCCAGGUCCCCGGACGUCUGGCGUGAUGACCUCUGUUGCGGUAGCUCCGGUCACUCAGCAGGUCAGCGGCUGCGCGGCCCCGGCUCCGGGCCCGGCCCUGAGUGGCGCCAAGCGCGAGCAGCUCCUGGCGGCCUCCGUGGCCGACCUGCUGGUGCAGGAUGCCUCCGGCAAGCGAGUGCCGUUCGGCACACUGUUCCGAGAGCGCCAGGCCAUAGUGGUCUUCGUGCGGCAUUUCCUGUGUUAUAUCUGCAAAGAAUACGUGGAAGAUCUGGCCAAAAUCCCUAAGAGUUUCUUACAAGAAGCAAAUGUCACCCUUAUAGUGAUUGGACAGUCAUCCUACCAUCACAUUGAGCCUUUUUGCAAACUGACUGGUUAUUCCCAUGAAAUCUAUGUUGAUCCUGAGAGAGAAAUUUAUAAAGAAUUAGGAAUGAAAAGAGGUGAAGAGCUUGCUUCCGCAGGACAGAGCCCCCAUAUAAAGUCAAAUCUACUCUCAGGAAGCCUUCAGAGCCUGUGGAGGGCAGUGACUGGCCCUCUCUUUGAUUUUCAAGGAGAUCCAGCUCAGCAAGGCGGAACCCUCAUUUUAGGUCCAGGUAACAACAUCCAUUUUAUACACCGUGAUAAGAACAGGUUGGAUCACAAACCCAUAAACUCUGUUUUACAGCUUGUAGGAGUUCAGCAAGUGAACUUCACAAGCAGACCUUCAAUUAUCCAUGUGUGACUUAAUAUGGAACGUGUUGCUUUUGAAUGGACCCUCAGGAAUGGGCUUUAAAUGCUGAGGUGUAGUGUUCUUGUGCAGUGUGUACCUUGGUGGCCUUGCCUAGCCUUUGAGGAGUUAUGAAAACAUGAAGAGAGUAUGUACUGGUGGAAUUGUAUGCAGAGAGGCAUCAGUUGUCAAAAAUGUGAUAUAUAUUUUUCAAAGUUUAUAGCUUUUAUAAUUUUAUGCAAAAUAACAAGCAUCAAUAUAGAAAAUACAUGAAAUAAAACUAAAAGCUAUAAAAAAGAAAUAAAUAUACAAAAUGUAACUUUAAAACCUCUAAAAUUAUAAAUGCCAUUUUAAAAAUUAUUUUACGUCAUGGUACAUAUAUUCAAUGAAAGAUUUUUUUUGCCAAUUGAUAAUCAUCUAUCAAUUGAAGAAGAUACAAAGGGAAGAGAGCAACUCAAGAUCAUUUUAUUCAAUGAAGAAAGCAAGAUAUCUAGUUCUGUAAACAAUGUCCUUACAUUUUUAUGUGUGUAUAUUCGUAUUUUUAUAUGCUUAAAAGAAAGGAAAUAAAAACACCAGAAUGUUUCCAGUAGGUAAGAUUACAGGUGUUUUUAUUUUCUUUUUCAUACUUUUCUAUAUUUCCCAACUAUUCUGUAACAAGCAUGAUUGAUAUUUUGGUGCCAGAAAAAGGUUGUUAAACAUUAUAUGACAAUUAUUUCCUAUGUAACGACCUUCACAAGAGUGCAGAUUAUCUACCUGGGAGGCUGAGGCAAGAGAAUUACUUAAGCCUAAAAGAUUGAGGUUGCUGUGAGCUGUGACACCAUGGCACUUUACCCAGGGUGACAGCUUUAGACUUUGUCUCAAAAAAAAAAAAAAAAAGGAAAGAAAGAAAAAGUGCACUAUAGUCCAUGUUUCCAACCUAAUUGCUUUUUUUUUUUUGGAAGUAUGACAUAGAAAACCUCUCACAUAUGGUCAGUGUCCAAAGCACCUUGUCACUUUGUUACUACACACCCACUAUCUAUUUCACUAGGUUUUGGGGGGUGGGGGGCAACCAUGGAUAAAAAUAUUUGUUUUAGAUCCUUAAGAUACAUAUUUAAAUAUGUUCAGUAUGCUUUUUGAAAGGGAAUUUUAAGAAUAUUUAAAUAUUCAGACUUUAUAAUUUAAAUGUACCCUGAAAUUUGGUUGUACAUUCCUAUACAACUACUAUCUCUCACCCUAGAAUUGUUCUUAUUUAGAGGCCUAUUGUCAUCCUUUAUUUUUCUGGAAGUUUAAUAUGUUUCAUUGGAAAAUAUCUCAGAAAUUCUGAUGAAAAGUCAAAUCAAAAUAUUUGUAAUUAUUAUCAAGUAUAAUAUUGCUUUGAAUACUUCUAUAUAAAGCAUAUGAAGUCACAAAAAUAUAUUUAAUAUAUCUAAAUAUGUGAAUGUAUUUUAUGUCCCUAUAACAUUUUUUUAAUUAAUAAAAAUGAAAUUUCUCAAAAAUUUUAAAAUUAAACUAUUUUGUGAUAUUUUGUAUAGUAAAGAAAGACUGGUGACCCACAUUCCUUUGCUGAUUUUACAACUUCUGAAUCACAAGCUUACACAAAAAUAUAUGUACAGUUCACUCUUGAACAAUGCAGGUUUAAGCCAUGUGGAUCCACAUGUAUGCAGAUUUUUUUCUUUUUUUCAUGAUCUUUGAGAUUUAUAAUCUUUGAAUGGGAAAGGCCUACCAAAAAUAUGUAUAUAAGUGAAGGAAUUGAUAAGUUUGCCUACAUAAAAAUUAGAAAUCUCUGCAUGAAAAAAACAUCAUAAAUUGAAAAGAAAAAGAAAUACAUGUCUCAAAGGGUCACUUUCUUUAACUAUUCAUAAAAAGA